GCGAACAGUAACUCCAAUUAAUGAUUCCAGUGAAGAGUCACAAGUAGCUUCAAAAUAUCCCAUCUAUAUAUACUUCUUUCCAAAACCCUAAUUUUUCAUCAUCAAUUUAACAAAAUAAAAAAAUAAAAAAAUAAUUUUUUUUGUUAUGCAUUUUACCUAAGAAGAAGAAGAAAAAAAAAAGAAAAUCAUUUUUAAUAUAAUUAAAUAUGGCUUCGUCGUCGUCGUCGUCUACCUGCAACAAGUCUUUCUGCGACGACUAUUUGCUACUGAAACCGGAAGAAGCGAGUUUCUCGGAGCUGGUGAAGAUGCUUUUAUCCAGCGAUGUGGGAAAGAGGAACUUCGUCGACUGCCCGGAAGGGAUUCGCGAGCCGUUUGGCCGGAGAUGGAUUAUGAUUGUUUCUGUUCUCGUCCAGAAGUUCUUGUCGGCCACGGCGAAGCCUAUGGCCGCCGUUGGUUCUGCGUUCGAACAUUGGAUCAAUUUGCUGUCGGAGAACGGUGGUUUCUUUCGCCUCAUCCUUAAAUCCAUCAAAGGGGAAGUUGUACAUCGAGACACUGCAUCGGCUGAUUUUUUAUCGUUUAUCGGAAACAUUGACAAACGAAUGGAUUUAGACCCGAAAAUAAGCCGUGAAGAUGGAAGAUACUAUGCUGCACUUUCUGUAAUGGCUUCUAAGCUCUCUUAUGAGAACCACAAUCAUAUCAAGUCUACCGUCGAGGACAACUGGAAGAUGGAUUACGUUGGCUCCUACGAUUACUGGAAUGACUAUCAACAGAAAACAACAACACAGGCAUUUUUACUGGAGGACCAAAACGACGUCGUAGUAGUGGCGUUCCGAGGAACCGAGAGCUUCGACGCCGACGCAUGGUCCUCCGACUUCGACAUCUCCUGGUACGACAUCCCCGGCGCCGGAAAAAUGCACGGCGGCUUCCUCAAAGCCCUCGGCCUCCAGAAGAGCAAAGGCUGGCCGGAGGAGCAAGACUCCGGCAAGCCGGAGACCGCCUACUACUCCAUCAGGAAGCUCCUCAAGGACCGCCUCGACAAGAACAGCAAGGCCAAGUUCAUCGUCACCGGCCACAGCCUCGGCGGUGCGCUGGCGGUUCUCUUUCCGGCCAUACUUGCGCUCCACGGCGAAACGUCGCUGCUCGAAAGGUGCGAAGGGAUCUACACGUUCGGCCAGCCGAGAGUUGGGGAUCACAACUUCGUGGAAUUCAUGAAAGAAACUAUAGAGAAACACCACAUUAAAUAUUACAGAGUUGUUUACAGCUUCGACCUCGUGCCGAGGCUGCCGUACGACGAUUCCACUCUCAUGUUCAAGCAUUUCGGCACGUGCAUCUAUUACAACAGCUUCUAUAAAGGACAGGCUAUGGUAGAAGAGCCGAACAAGAACUACUUCUCCUUAAUAUGGCUGAUACCGAAAAUGGCGAACGCUUGUUGGGAGUUGAUUAGAAGCUUCACCAUUUCGUACACGCGGGGCCCGGAUUUCCGAGAAGGUGGCCUCCUUCGAGUGUUCCGUUUUAUCGGUCUUUUAGCUGCGGGGGUCCCAGCGCAUUGCCCCCAAGAUUACGUAAACGCCACUAGGUUAGGAUCGGCCGACGUGUUUCAACCACUGUUGGUUCCUACCUCAAAUGGCAAUAAAGUCGUCAAGACACAAUGAUUUAUAUAUGUAUGUCUGCGUGUGUGUGUGUCUGAUUGUGUGUAAGUGAUCAUGUAUGUUUGUGUGUUCAUGUGUCGUACCUUAUGUGGCUUUAGUAUCAAAAUUCUUUCGUGUACUAAAAUUGAAUAAUUGAUCGUUUACUCACUA